CCGCUUUUUAUUUCCUGGGCACUACUUUCAUUUCUCUUUUCCCUCUUCCCUCUCGCUGCUGCUGCUGCUGCUGCUGCUGCUGCUGUAGCUGUAGCUUCCAGGGCUGUUUAAUUUCACUAUUAGCUCCUACUUUUGAACGGCAGUAACCAAUACAGAAAACCCUAGCUCUCUUCAUAAUGCACUGCUCAAUCUCCGGCGAGGUGCCGGAAGAGCCCGUUGUCUCGAAGAAGUCUGGGCUUUUAUAUGAGAAGCGUUUAAUCGAGAGGCACAUAUCCGAUUAUGGAAAAUGCCCAAUUACUGGGGAGCCACUUGCAAUGGAUGACAUUGUUCCGGUCAAAACAGGCAAGAUUGUGAAACCAAGAACUGUGCAGACUGCUAGCAUCCCAGGGAUGCUCGGAAUGUUCCAGAAUGAAUGGGAUGGUCUAAUGCUUUCCAAUUUUGCUUUGGAGCAACAAUUACACACUGCAAGGCAAGAGCUAAGCCAUGCAUUAUACCAGCAUGAUGCUGCAUGCCGAGUAAUUGCUAGGCUUAAAAAGGAAAGAGAUGAAGCAAGGUCAUUGCUUGCGCAAGCUGAGAGGCAGAUGCCUACGCUAGCGACAGCAGCUACUGCUAAUGCCUUUGCACUUAGCAAUGGAAAAAGAGCUGCUGAGGAUGAUGAUUUGGGGCCACCUGGAAAGAGAAUACAUCCUGGAAUUUCUGCCAGUAUAAUAACUGAGUUAACAGACUGUAAUGCAGCCCUUUCACAACAGCGGAAAAAGCGUCAGAUUCCUCCAACAUUGGCUUCUGUUGAUGCUCUGGAGAGGUACACACAGCUUUCCAGUCAUCCCCUUCACAAAACAAGCAAGCCAGGCAUUGUAUCUAUUGAUAUCCAUUAUUCCAAGGAUGUCAUUGCUACUGGAGGGGUUGAUUCCACGGCAGUACUUUUUGAUCGCCCAUCAGGACAGAUCCUAUCUACACUAAGUGGUCACUCAAAGAAGGUUACUAGUGUGAAAUUUGUUGCAGAGGGUGAUUUAUUUUUGACUGGAUCUGCAGACAAGACUGUUCGCAUAUGGCAAGGAUCUGAAGAGGGAAAAUAUGACUGCCGACAUAUCUUGAAGGAUCAUACUGCUGAGGUGCAUGCUGUCACUGUCCAUGCCACCAACAACUAUUUUGUGACAGCUUCUCUUGAUAAUACAUGGUGCUUCUAUGAUCUCUCCUCUGGCUUAUGCUUGACACAGGUCUCUGACACUUCAAAAUCUGACACUUCUAAACCAGAGGGCUAUACAUCUGCAGCUUUUCAUCCUGAUGGUCUCAUUCUUGGAACAGGAACUUCAGAAGCUGUUGUUAAGAUUUGGGACGUAAAAAGCCAGGCAAAUGUUGCAAAAUUUGAUGGACAUGUUGGAGCAGUGACUGCUAUAUCCUUCUCAGAAAAUGGUUACUUCCUAGCGACUGCGGCACAUGAUAGUGUUAAACUCUGGGAUCUGCGCAAAUUGAAGAACUUCCGGACGCUCAAUCUUUAUGAUCCAGAUACACCAACAAACUCUGUGGAAUUUGACCACAGUGGAUGUUAUCUUGGAGUUGGAGGCUCAGAUAUAAGAGUUUUCCAAGUUGCCAGUGUGAAAGCAGAAUGGAAUUGUAUCAAAACUCUGCCUGAUUUAUCUGGCACAGGAAGAACAACUUGUGUAAAAUUUGGUCCUGAUGCGAAAUAUAUAGCAGUAGGAUCAAUGGACCGCAACCUCCGCAUAUUUGGCCUGCCUGGGGAUGAUGGACAAACGGAGUAAUGAAAUGUCUGCAAGUUGCUUGAUUUGGAAGUGGGCUCUUUACGUUACUUGCAGUAAGCGUACUGCGUCUGUUGGGCUGUGUACUGUUUUGGCUGAUUAAGCAAAUGGUAGAGCUUCGAUUUCUCAUCAAUUGUGCAGAGUUGACUCUUUACUCAUUGCCAUGUGAUUAGAUGCAGGGUCACCUGAGAUUGAGUAGCUAGUCGGUCUUUUUGUAUUAAGUUGUCAUUGAGAUUUCCAGCAAAUAGUGCUUGCAUUUAAUAUAUACAGAUUUUUCUUGCUACUGAAAUUCAAAUCCUUCUAGAAAUGUAAUGUGCAUCUAAUGUAUCUUUAUUGGUCGAUACACUAGCUCAUUGGCGUCAACAUUUUGCAGUUUGGUUCAAUUCGAUUGCAAACAUAUUAUAAAUUGAGGUUUAUUGGGUCCA